AUGGUCCGCAAACAUUUUGACUCGACAACCUACCCGAGCAGCGACGCCAUCUGCGGCGGGGGCGGCGCCGGCGGCGGUGUGGGGGUGGCCUGCCCCCAACCAGCGUCCCCAUGCGGGUCCCCGCCGCCCCCCGGCUCCCCGGGCAACAACAGCAGCACGGCCAGCACCAUCAAGUCGUCAUCCUUCUCCGCGUCGCCGCCCGGCUCCAUGGCGCGGCUGUACGCCGCCUCCAGUGGCCAGCAGCAACAACAGCAGCACCUCAGGGUCACCGGGGCGCGCCUCGCCGCCUUCCGCCGCAACAGCAGCGUGAGGAUCCGGCGGCGCAGCAGCAGCGACAGCGGGAGCGGCACGGCGAUGCUGGGUCCAGGAGCUGUGUCUGGUGGGGGCGGUGAGUCCGCGGGGGGCAGUGGAGGCGGCGGAGGCGGCGGCGGCGGCGGCGGUGGAGACAAGUCUCCGUCGCCCACGUACGAGGACAACGGCGGCGGCGCUGCAGCCUCCGGGGGCGGCGCUGCCUGUGGAACUGGGGGCGGCAGCGGCCGGCCCAAGCUCAUCUCUCGCAUGGGCAAGCGCAACAUCAAGUCCCAGGUGAAGCGGUUCCGCAUGGAGACGAAGGCUGCGAAGACGCUGGGGAUCAUCGUGGGCGGCUUCAUCGUGUGCUGGCUGCCGUUCUUCACGAUGUACGUGGUGCGCGCCUUCUGCACCGACGCCGAGUGCAUCCCGGCGCCGGUCUUCUCCGUGCUCUUCUGGCUCGGCUACUGCAACUCCGCCAUCAACCCCUGCAUAUACGCACUCUUCUCCAGAGACUUCAGGUGCGUGCGCCGUCAAUGGAGCAAUUCUCCGAAGGAGAAAUCCAUACAUAAGAUCAAAAAUGGCUGCUACGAGCAACACCAGCAGCCGAGGCGAGUGUACCGGGUGCCGGAGAGUGACUGA